GAUCGCACAGGCGCCCACGCACAUGCAGCACAGCUUGCACGCCUUUGAUGGCCCUUCCCUAGUGUGAUCAGGCGAGUCUUGGCAACCCGCUCUCACCAAAAAAGCCACCGUCAAGUCAUGACCGGUGCGCUCGAGGCAUUUGUCAACCCGAAUGCAAUCCGUUCUCCGAGGCGGCGAGGACGGGGAGCGAUACAAAAGCGCCCCGACCUCUCGCAGGGCUGCUUGUGAUGAUUCCUUCGCCCCGCCCCGCCCCUCCCUCGGACUCGGAUUGACUGAGCUGGAGGGAAAGGAUGGGUUCUGAGGAACAGGAGAUCAUAACGCUUCUCCAGAGCAACUUCAUAACCAACUACUGCGAGCUCGCAACAUGCAUGCUGAUCUUCUUCGAACACAUCGUAACGCUCCCGGACGAGAUCCGCUUCAUAUGGCGACGAAAGCUCACCAUGUCAAGCCUCAUCUUCCUGCUGAACCGCUACAUCCUGUUCCUGUACGGACUCGUCAACGUGGUUGGGGUCAUCCCAUGGACGACUAACAUAGGGUCAGACGCGUUCAGUGGAUUCGUGUGUGCGAGUGAUGCUGAACGAAAGACUUGCAGAUGCGCGGCCAUAAUCAUGCUAUACACCGUCUUCACUCUCCUGCUGUACGCUAUCACUCCCAUAUUCUCCACCCUCCGUGUGUACGCCAUCGCAGGGCGCAAAUGGCACUUCGCCCUCGCGACGUUCUUGACCGGCAUGGUCGCCGUUGCGUCGAACCUCGCAAAUGCCGUGCAGGCUUCCCUUGGCUACCUAGUCUACGUCGGCCCCCUCCCCGUCUGCACGUACAACGCGUAUUACAGCGAGUCGGAGCACUUGAAGUUAACGAUCGCGACCCGCGUCUGCUCGAUCGUCUCUGACCUGCUCGUCAUCGUCGUGACCUGGUGGCGGACGUACGCGCUCAAGCGGGAGGCAGACCGGCUGCACAUGCGGGCGUCGCUCGCGACGCUGCUCCUGCGCGACGGCACCAUCUACUUCGUGGCGAUCCUCGUGCUGAACAUCGUGCAUAUCAUCUUCGUGUUGUACAACGGGAACGUCGUCUACGUGACGAUCUUCCUCAUCCCGAUCCCCGCCCUCCUCACCUCGCGCUUCCUCCUCAACCUCCGGCGCGCCAACGAAGCCUCCAGCAUCGAUGUCCACCUCAUCACGUCAGCCUCCACUGCCGACCCGCCGUCGUUCACACUCUCCUCCGCCCCGCCCGAGCUGCGCACGCUGCAGUUCACGCCGGGGGGCACGGCGACGACCGUCGGCGCAAGGACAGGGACGACGGGGACGUGGAUGGACAUGGACGGGGCGCUGUGGACGGGGUUCGCGUCGUCCGUUGGUGGGGAGUCCGAGUCGGAGGAGGGGACGGUGGACGAGAAGAGCGAGAAAACGUGGAGCCCGUCGACGGAGUCGGGAGGGACGAAAGCGGAGGAGGGGGACGUGGAGAAGGGGCGGUCACCGCCGGUGUCUCCGAUGUCUGCGGGGACGGGGACGACUGCGUGUGUGGGUGGGGGUGGGGGCCAGAGCAGGGAGGGGGUGGGGGUGGAGGAGAUCGAGCUGACACCUGUGUAG